CGAAAGGACCCUCUUGCCACCAAACUUCAAACCCGAGGGUUACCAGACAAGAGCAGAAAUAAAAGAAACACCAAACCGGCUGGGAAAAAAGACUCCUUCCAGCGGGAGACAGCAGCCACUAUCUUCCUUCUCCAUACGAUCCGGCUCCUUCAUGUGGUGAACUUAGAGACUAUUGCUGGCCGCAUCAUCGCUGCGCUAGGAUUAGAGAGUCUUACCUCCCGCUUGAUUUGAACAUACCACUCAAGACCCCUUAUUCUCUUCCAUAGUUCCCGCUAAGAGAGUUCCAGGAAUGAAAUCCCUUCUGAAUGCGACCCUUCCUAAGCCCAUAUCCCUUUGCAUCCGAUUCCAAAAAGCCAUCGUUGCCCGAAGAAGAGGCUUCCAUACUAUCAGCACAUUUCAUAACCCUAGCCUUUUCAUUCAACCUGUGAAGCCCCCCAGACUUUCAGUUUCUCUAUUUGGGGUUUCAGCUGUUUCGGAAUGUGAGAAAGGUCGGAGCUUCCGAACAACGGCGUCCUUGCCGGAACACGGGGAGAUUCAUCUGAUUCUAGGACCAAUGUUUGCUGGGAAAACCACCACUCUUCUGCAAAGAAUCAAGGCUGAGAGCGUUAAUGGCAGAAACAUAGCAAUUAUAAAAUCAGACAAGGAUAAUAGAUACGGAAUGGACUCUGUGGUGACACAUAAUGGGGAAAGAAUGCCGUGCUGGCCUUUGGCAAGUCUAUCAUCCUUCAAACAAACCAUUGGUUCCGGAGCGUAUGAUAAGUUGGAGGUGAUUGGCAUUGAUGAAGCUCAAUUUUUUAAGGAUCUAUAUGAGUUCUGCAGCGAAGCUGCUGAUCAUGAUGGCAAAACUGUGAUUGUUUCAGGUUUGGAUGGUGACUAUCUGAGAAGGAGAUUCGGUUCAGUGCUCGACAUAAUCCCCAUUGCUGAUACAGUGACGAAGUUAACUGCUCGGUGCGGGCUUUGUGGGGACCACGCACACUUUACCCUUAGAAAGACUGAUGAUACCAAAACAGAACUAAUAGCAGGUGCGGAUGUGUAUAUGCCAGUGUGCAGGAAGCACUAUGUGAGUGGACAAGUGCUGAAAGAAGCCACUAGAGACUGUGUCCUGGAAGCUCAGGAGGUUGAAUGCAUCCCUUUUUGUGACACUGCUGCCGUUGUGGUCUGAUCUGUAGCUUGUCCCCUGUCAGCUCGGGUGUGUGGCCAUGUCCGACGUAUAUAGUAUAAUUAUCAAUUCACCCCGUAUAGCUGCUUGCUGGAUUGCAAACGUCUAACCUGAACUCCGUGACUGUUUUGGAGACGAGCAGUUGCAGGUUGUCAUUAUGUUGCUUAGGAUAUCGCAGCAGAAAGUUUUUCUAAUGUAGACAAUGCUUUGUAGAAGAUUAAGUAAUGAAUGAACUAUUGGGUUUACUUUUAUGUGAUUGGCAUUCACUAUUAUAGUAAUGUGCAGAGCGUACCUUCUUUCUUACAAGUCUAAAGACAUAUGUAUUCAAGGGCAUUUUAUACAUUGAGAGUAGAAGAAUAGGGGCAGUAUUUUUGGUAAAUGUUUUUAGCGCUAGAAAAUUAUAAGUAUGGGUAAUUUGUUUUUUACAACCUAUAAGAUGCAAGUUUUCA